UCACACGAAGGUUAGGCUGUCAGGCUGAAGACUUGCUGUUCGCGCUUGUACGCAUCGGGCGCGAUGAUCAAACGCAUAACAAGCGCCCCAUGCCAACAAACAACGACUUGAUAAAAAGUUGGAUUCUUGCUCGGCUUGACUUGGCCUCCGGUGACAGGGUGACAAGUCGACGCGCUAUGCGGCGGCUAUGCGCGCCCGCCGCCCGAGCCAGUUUCACUUGGAAUUUCCUUUCUUGGCGCUGGCGAGACAGGAGUCCGCUAGUGGCGCGCCAAUCUAAAGCGAUCACUAGCGAUCACAAACAAGGAAAACUGGGAAAACCGUAUCAGAAAAUUAUCUGGGUUACUUUUGAAAACAGUAGGGCGACGAGGAUAGCUUCAUUAUUUAUGAAUAUCUAUAUUUGAUUCUAAAUUAUCAUGAGACUGGCUGAACAUCUCGUGCUCGUUGUGCAGUAAUGCAGAUUUCAUUCAGAAAUGAAAACUCGUGUUUUCAUUUCUGAAUUAAUAUUUUGUGUCACCAGUUUGGCGCUUACUCGCGGUUUCGCGGUAGCCUUGUACCCCUUGUACCUAUGCCUUGUACUACCUGGUACAUUACAUGUUUGUGUCAUGCGCACGCUGCCGAUAGAAGCGCCAAUGAAUUAUCUGCCAGCCAACGUAAAGCAGCCGGCAACACCGAAAAAGCGCGCAAACCUUGGGUAAACAACCAACGUGCAGAAAGAAGAGAACAAAAAAGAAAAAAAGCCGCCUCACAAUAACCCAAGCGAAGAUCAAUGGCGGCCGCUAUUUGGGUCCCGUUGGCCGCUCGACGACUCGAUGUUGGGCAGCGUGACGUCUCAAUGUCAACAUCUCCGCGCUGGUGCCAGAGCAACGAGUAACCGCCGUGACCCCGCGAACCCGUCCGACGCCUCCCAGCACCGAACCAGAGACCAGAAAACGGCGGACAAGCUCGGGAAAAUGGCGCUUCACAGCGCUCUUCUUCGAAAGUUGCGGCAGCAUGCCCGUUUUUGAGGGCACCCACCCUACCCGAGGAACAACCAUCGUGCCUGGGAAACCGUCCCUACCCCGUACCUUUCUUUCAUUUUAAUUUCCGUUUGGAAUGGCCGAGCCGCGACGCAUCAAACUCGAAUCCGCUCACGAAGCACCGCAGUCCAAGAAAAAACGCUUCCAACUGUGUCCGACCAAGAGGUUUCAGCUUUCGCUCGGCGACUUUACCCCAGAGUCAGCGUGUCCAGAGUUCUCUUACAGCGAUCUGCUCAAAUCAAAACGGCCCCCGGACAUAGACGGCCCAUUCGAAGAUGGGGAGGAAGCCCAGAUUCGAGAACUUGCCCGACGGAUGGAAGAAAAAUAUGGGUCGAGACCGUCCAAGAAACGCCGCAAGGGCAAGAUUGCCUGGGAGGACUACGUAGACCGAGGCAUGGGCUACGACGAGACGGACCCUUUCAUCGACAACGAGGAAGCGUACGACGAGCUGGUCCCAUCCACCCUGACGACCAAGCACGGCGGCUUCUACAUCAACGCGGGCGGCCUCGAGUUCCGCACCCCCUCCGGCUCCGACUCGGAGGACUUCCAGGACACGUCGGACGGGCGGCCGCGGAGCGGCGCCAACAAGGUGCCACAGCGACACCAUCGCCGCGAACACGGCGACCCCGAGCGCCGCCGAGGUCGGCCCCGGGGCUCCCGCAAACUCAAGGAAGCCGCCGCCCCACCCGUCCCCACGCCGCCGAUUGCCCCCGCCGUUGCGACGGACACCGCCGUCGUCGCGGCAAGUCCUGUCGUUGUGGCGGUCGGUGCGAGCAGUGGUAUCACGGAAGCGAUCGAGUCGGUCGUGCGCGGCGGCGGAAGCUCCGUCACGAAGGACGAAGAGACGAGCGGCACGAGUUCGAGCAGCAGCGGCGGCGGCGAGGACCGGACGGCCGUGCUGCGCUGCUCCCCCGGCGAGACCGGCGCCCCGCGGCUCCCCGAGAACCUCCCCGAGGACCUGGAGGCCGCAGUCCGGCACCUCAAGCAGGCCGCGUUCACGUCGGCGGAAGGCAAGUGCAAGUUCUUCCGCGGGCAGGUCAACCAGCAGCUCCUCAACGUGGAGCUUCUUGCACGCGAGCUGGGCUCGAGCCAGCGGUCGCUGGUGUUCGCGCACCUGGCGUCUUUCCUGCCCUGCACGAAGGAGACGCUGCUGAAGAGGGCCAAGAAGCUGCGGCUGGACCAGGAGGACGGGCGCCUCGGCGAGCCGCUGAAAAGGUUAAAGGAGGCGAUGGCCGCCGGCGCGGGCCUUGGGGACCCGCGGUUCCGGGAGCCACUGUGCGACGUGGUGCGCAUCAAGCUCCGUUGCUACGAGCUGUCAAAGACGAGGACGUUGUCGGCAGAGGACUACCUCAAACAGUUCCUCAACAACGAGGUGUGCCCGCUGUGGCCCGCGGGAAGCCAGCCGGUCAGCGCACGGGCGCUGUUCAGGGAAAGCCGCGUCGUGCACGCGCACCUCACGGCCAAACCACGCAAACCGGCCCUACCGCCCCCGGUCCCCGGACCACGCAGACUACAAAUGGACGAGGAACCCGCCACGCCGCCACCCUCCACCUCGUCCUCGGUGGUCUUGCAGUCCACGUCGUCGCUGACCAUCACGGCCCUCCCCCCGGCAACCCCGCCUCCCUCUUCGACGCCGACCCCCACCGCGCCCGCCGUCUCCGUUGCCGUUGCGUCGCCACCCGUGACGCAGCCCGUCCCCACUUCGGUGCCGACGUCGGUCAUCCUCCAGUCGCCGGGAAAGCCGCCGCCCCUCCAGGACUCUCGUCCCCACCACAGCAGCCCUCCCGCGAAACCGCAGUUCCUGGCAUCGCAAAUGCUGGACCGCAUCAUCACGGCCAGCCUCGGCAACUUCCCCAGCUCGGGGAUGGAGGGGACCGGACUGUCAGCACUGUCGGCACCGCCGCUGACCAAUGCCCGUGCACUCGAGAGCAGCCCCUCGGAAGGAGGUCCGUCGUCUGCUUCUUCGAGGGGCAACCCCGUGCAGCCGCCGCCGCGUAGCAGCCUCUUGCAGACGGCGCCAGCGCGGCUUCCGCAUCAGCAGCCAUACGGUUUCCUCGAAGCCUUCAAGAGAGGCCUCGAGCAAGAAGAGCCGCCGGCAAGCUCCUACUACAAGGCGGACGUGCUGGAGGGCAUGAAGGGCUUCCCAUACCCAGUGGGGUAUGUGCCGAGGAGCAGAAGCGCGGGCGUGUCGCCGUCGCAGGAACAGCACAGGCCGAAGCCGCACCUUAGCGUGGCACAGCAGCCGCAACCCCAGCACUGGAGACAGCGCGUGCCUUACCCGCAGGGCACGGGCUACCCGCCGCAUCCUCCGAGGCCAUAUCCAUACCCUCCGCAGAGUCAUCAGGGCUCGAAGGGGGCGGCGCAGGGGCAGGGGCACGCCUCUUGAGCCGCGGCCUCGGAAUAGCGUCGAGUCAUCCUCAUAAACGGGCGAGGCACCUCGCAGCUCGUGGAGUCGACCAGCUUGGAUAUCUCGUCCAAGUGUGUCCUCGUGCCGUGACUGAAAGAUGCCUUCUGGAUCUGGUUGGAGCUGUGUCCCCAAAAAGUGCUGUGUCGUCAUUCUGGCUGAGCCUGUUGCCAGAUCGAGGCUCUGUUGGAAGUUUAAAGGCCCUCAAAAAGUGACGUGUUGUUUGUGCCGUGCAAGUGGGUGUUGGCUGUGGGAGGAGCGAGGCAGUGAGACAUUUGAAAGUGCCGUGUUAUCGUGAUCGAACAAGUGAGGUGGCUUGGGUGGGGCGGGGCCCUGGGAACUUGUAUGCAAGCCAGGUGCUGUAGGCUGGCGGCUUAGUGCGGAAGGAAGAGGGACUAGUUUAAAUGGCCCAUGCUUCCUCCUCACCUUUUUUAAAAAAACACUGGUGGUUAUUUCCUCCAUUUGUAACCCUAAUUAUGCACGCAUUUCCCAGAGUAUGUUGCUUGUACAGCAAGUGUGGCUCUUGACUGGCUGACACUUGAAAAUGCAUGAACUCAUUCUUUUUUUUUUCUUGCAUUGAGUUGAAUUGCAGUUUUUUUUUAUAUAUAAUAAUAAAAAUAAAUUUGGUUGUACAGUACAUCUGCUGUCUUCUGCCAGAGUAAUAA